CUCCUGCCAGCACCACCUUUUUGUCCUAGCUGCUCUUUGUUUGGCCAUCCUUCCAUGAGAGCUGCUGAGUCUAGUCUGGGUGAUUUCCAAAGUGUGGAGGGGCAGGGAACACUCAAACCAUCACAGAGGGUGACAAAGCACUGGAACAGGCUGCCCAGGGGCAUUGUGGACUCUCCCUCUCUGGAGGAGGCCACAAGUUGGACUUGGGACCCCACUGUGCUCAGCUCUGCACAUACCCUGAACAAAGGCAGUAGAUGAUCGCAGAGGGAUGGUGGCUAAAAGGUGCUUUUCCCACAUGAGUGCAAGAAGAGCAGCCAGUUGAAAGAAGUGACUGCAGUGGAGGACAGCAUGACCAGCAUGAAACGAAGCUGCCUCCUUACGCUGCUGUUGGCAGGGCUUGGGGCGUUAGGAAUACUCGAGCCAACGACAAAAGAUAUCCAGUGCCACAGAGCUGAGCAUCCAGUCAUUGAGUACAAAGAAAUUGCCCCUUGGUUGCAUGUAUUCAGAGCAGAGAAUGCUGUGGACUUCUCACAGUUAACGUUUGACCCAGGACAAAAAGAGCUUAUUGCUGGAGCAAGAAACUACCUCUUCAGGUUGCAGCUUGAGGAUCUUUCUCUGAUACAGGCGGUGGAGUGGCAGUGUGAUGAAGCAACUAAAAGAGCCUGUUACAGUAAAGGCAAAUCAAAGGAGGAGUGCCAGAACUACAUCCGAGUGCUUCUUGUUGGAGGCAACCAUCUCUUCACCUGCGGAACCAACGCCUUCACCCCAAUCUGCACCAACCGCACGUUAAGUAAUUUGACAGAGAUACAUGAUCAGAUCAGUGGCAUGGCUCGUUGUCCUUACAGCCCUCAGCACAACUCCACUGCUCUUCUCACUUCCAGUGGGGAAUUGUAUGCUGCUACAGCCAUGGAUUUUCCAGGCAGGGAUCCAGCUAUUUAUCGCAGUCUGGGGACUCUUCCUCCUCUCCGCACUGCCCAGUACAACUCCAAGUGGCUGAAUGAGCCAAAUUUUGUGUCCUCUUACGACAUUGGGAACUUCACCUACUUCUUCUUCCGGGAGCACGCGGUGGAGCACGACUGCGGGCAGGCGGUGUUCUCGCGCGCCGCUCGCCUCUGCAAGAACGACAUCGGCGGCAAGUUCCUGCUGGAGGACACUUGGACCACCUUCAUGAAAGCGCGCCUCAACUGCUCCCGCCCCGGAGACAUUCCCUUCUACUAUAACGAGCUCCAGAGCACUUUCUUCCUGCCAGAGCUGGACUUGAUCUAUGGGAUUUUUACCACUAACGUGAACAGCAUAGCAGCCUCAGCAGUCUGUGUUUUCAACCUGAGUGCCAUCACUCAGGCCUUUAAUGGACCCUUCAAAUACCAGGAAAACUCUCGCUCGACCUGGCUGCCAUAUCCCAACCCUAACCCUAAUUUUCAGUGUGGCACCAUGGACCAGGGCUUGUAUGCAAAUAUGACAGAGAGAAACCUUCAGGAUGCUCAGAGAUUCUUCUUGAUGCAUGAAGUGGUUCAGCCAGUCGUUCCGGUUCCUUACUUCAUGGAAGACAACAGCCGCUUUUCCCACGUGGUGGUGGAUGUCGUGCAGGGCAAGGACAUGCUGUUCCAUAUCAUCUAUCUUGCCACAGACUAUGGCACUAUUAAGAAAGUGCUUGCCCCCAUGAACCAGACUUCAAGCAGCUGCCUGCUCGAGGAAAUUGAGCUCCUGCCGAGAAGUCAGCGAGAGCCCAUUAGAAGCCUUCAGAUCCUGCACAGUCAAAGUGUCCUUUUUGUGGGCCUUCAGGAACAUGUGAUUAAAGUCCCCCUGAAGAGAUGUCUCUUUUACAAAACAUACAGUGCAUGCAUUGGUUCUCAAGACCCUUAUUGUGGCUGGGACAUGGUGAUGAAGAAGUGCACAGUGCUGGAAGAAAGUCUGAGCAUGAGUCAAUGGGAGCAAAGCAUUACUGUGUGUCCAAUGAGGAAUCUGACUGUGGAUGGGCACUUUGGAAGGUGGUCACAGUGGAAACCUUGUACCCACACUGAUGGUGCCAGCGUUGGCUCUUGCCUCUGCAGGACACGUGUGUGUGACAGUCCUGCUCCUCAGUGUGGAGGUUGGCUGUGUGAAGGACCAACCAUGGAGAUUGCCAAUUGUUCCAGAAAUGGAGGCUGGACACCUUGGACUCCUUGGUCACCUUGUAGCACCACUUGUGGAAUAGGCUUUCAAGUUCGUCAGCGUUCCUGCAGCAAUCCCACUCCUCGACAUGGAGGCCGCGUCUGUGUGGGGCAGAACCGUGAGGAGAGGUACUGCAAUGAGCAGUUGUUGUGCCCCCCUCAUGUGUUUUGGACAGGAUGGGGUCCGUGGGAGCGCUGCACUGCUCAGUGCGGAGGAGGGAUCCAGGCACGACGGAGGACAUGUGAAAAUGGUCCUGACUGUCCUGGCUGCAGUGUGGAGUAUCAGCCUUGUAACACCAAUACCUGCCCAGAGUUAAAAAAGACAACUCCUUGGACACCUUGGACCCCAGUCAAUAUUUCAGACAACGGUGGCCACUACGAGCAGCGGUUCCGCUAUACCUGCAAAGCGCGUUUGCCUGACCCCAACUUGUUGGAGGUGGGAAGGCAGAGGAUUGAAAUGCGUUACUGUUCCAGUGAUGGCACCAGUGGAUGCUCAACAGAUGGGUUGUCAGGGGAUUUCUUGCGCUCCGGGCGGUACUCUGCUCACACCAUCAAUGGUGCUUGGUCAGCCUGGUCUCCGUGGUCUCAGUGCAGUCGGGACUGCAGCAGAGGUAUUCGGAGUCGCAAACGUGUCUGCAGCAACCCCGAGCCCAAGUAUGGAGGACUUCCUUGCCUCGGCCCAGCUCUGGAGUACCAGGAGUGCAACAUUCUGCCUUGUCCAGUGGAUGGAGGCUGGUCUUGUUGGUCAUCCUGGUCAAAGUGCUCAGCAACUUGUGGAGGAGGGCAUUACAUGAGAACUCGUUCCUGCACAAACCCAGCACCAGCUUAUGGAGGAGAUAUCUGCCUCGGACUGCACACUGAAGAAGCGCUCUGCAACACACAGCCCUGCCCAGACAGCUGGUCCGAGUGGUCCGAGUGGUCCGACUGCGACUCAUCUGGCUUCCAGUUCCGCGUCCGCCAGUGCAUCGUUUUGUUCCCCGUGGGCAAUCAGUGCAGAGGCAAUACCACAGAGAGCAGAGCCUGUGCUUUGGACUCCAACUUUAUACCAGAAGUAUCAGUGGCACGAUCCAGCAGCAUAGAAGAAAAAAGAUGUGGCGAGUUCAACGUGUUUCACAUGAUGGCAGUGGGAUUAAGUAGCUCUAUCCUUGGCUGCCUGCUCACCCUGCUUGUUUACACUUACUGCCAACGCUAUCAGCAGCAGUCCCACGAUGCCACUGUCAUCCAUCCAGUGUCACCAGCUCCUCUGAACACCAGCAUUACCAACCAGAUCAACAAGCUGGACAAGUAUGAUUCUGUAGAAGCCAUCAAGGCAUUUAACAAAAACAACCUGAUUCUGGAGGAGAGAAACAAAUACUUCAAUCCACAUCUCACUGCAAAGACUUAUUCCAAUACCUAUUUCACAGACUUCAACAAUUAUGAUGAGUACUAAUGGGCUUCUGCAUUUUCUGGCCUCCUGUAACUCCCCAGUCCCCAAGGCUUGUACUGCUUGACUGCUCAUGUGUUUGAGGCUUCAGAGAUGAAGUUCAGAGACAUUCCAAGCACAAUCUAAGCCAUCAGUGUCCCAUUGCUGCCAAAAGCUCCAAACUCCUGUUUGUGAUAUGAUGUUUUCUUUGCAGAGUGCAAGGUUAGCCUUCGGUGUCCGGUGCGGCUACAGCCCCUUGGUGUUGCUGGACCACUCGUGAGGACUGAAUUGCUUCACCUCCUUUCAUAAACUUCCACUUAGAUUUCUCUAACAGGUGACAAUUUCUGAGCUUUAAAACAAACAAAACACCCAACAACAGCAAAAGCUGCCCCUUGAAACUGUGCCAGGAGUAUAAAUUUUAGGCAUUGUCUUCUGUUUGCCAUGAGGUUUGAAAAGGGGAGCUCUGCUCUUAGCCGUGAAGCCCUCACUGCAGCCUCCUCAAGUUCAGACCACCAAAAAGAGCUUGCUGGAAACAAGAAGAAGAAUCAAAACCAUGGUGGUUUAGCUACGCUCUGCAGUACCUCUGGGUUCUGUAAGGCUGGUCUGCCCAGGCUGUAAAUCACUCCAGCUUCAGUUCAGCUGUUCAAAGUGCGGAGACAUAAGGCUGUAGCGAGGGACAAUGAAACCAGAAAGCCACAGAGUUCAUCAUUGCCAGUUCCAAGACAAGCCCAGGCACAUGAAGGCUUCACCUAGUUCAGUUUAAUUUUUGGCAGAGGGCUUGCUCAUAGAAGGGCAGAUAGGGGAGGCCCACUGGAAGGUUGUUCUGUGUGUUGUCAGGGCACCAGCCUGGCUGCAGCCUACAGGUUUGCAUGAGUCGUGGCAUCUCACAGGCUUUCCCUCUGGUGCAUGCAGGUGGGAACCCCCUCGUUUCUGCUGUAGCACUCAUCAUCAGGCUUGGCAGAUAGGGGAGGCCCACUGGAAGGUUGUUCUGUGUGUUGUCAGGGCACCAGCCUGGCUGCAGCACACAGGUUUGCAUGAGUCGUGGCAUCUCACAGGCUUUCCCUCUGGUGCAUGCAGGUGGGAACCCCCUCGUUUCUGCUGUAGCACUCAUCAUCAGGCUUGGCACAGAAGGGGUAUGACUGCACCACGUUCUGAGUGUUGUCUCAGGCUCUCAGGGGUAUGUAGGCAUAAUCACAGAGCUGCUUUUCUCUUUCUGGCUUUUACUUCAUAUGCAGGAGUCUUGACAAACAAAUGUGGCUCAGAAAAUGCAGCUGCAUUUGCAAAGCGUCGUCUCAUUGUGCUGCUGUGCCUGACUCAUGCUAGUCAGCCCCUAGAGGAGAAUGGUUAUGGUGUUUUAAGUGAUUUUCUUGCUGAACUUCAUUAAUGUAAAUAUUUAAACUACUGUUUGAGUUUUCAGUCUCCAGCAGGAGAGGGAACACAAGGAGUUUUUGUACCAUUUGGCUUUGUUCUGUCUGUCUGCACUCUCAUUCGUGGCAUUGCUGGGGUUUUUGACUGAAACUCCAAGAUGGGUAACUAAAAAGGAAAGGGCAGGGAUUGGUGACAGAUUUUCCAGAGUCCUUAGUGGCAGGGGGGUUUAACUCUCAGAAUCUUGUGUGAACUAAUUAAAUGUGAAUAUUAGGGAUUCAAAA